CUCACCCUCCCCCUCUCCUACUCCAUCUCCCCUAAGAUCUCCAUUUUGCUUCCUGUCAGUCUCUUGAAAAGACAUAUAAGUCUCUUGACACCACAACUGUUGACGUUCUUUAUAUUUAACUCAGUUGUCCUAAAAAAAGUGACCUUUCAGUAUUUGCAUGUGGUCCGCGAGGACCCUGAAAUUUAUCGUCAAUAUAUUUUGGAUACCUAACCUUUACCUCAUGUUUACAUGGGCCAAGGCACCCAAGUGCCUCACCGCCGAAAACUGACCUCUGGAUUGACAGCAUUUAACCCCUCAUUAUCAUAAUAACGGAGACUGAAUUCAGUUCGUAGUUACACUCUGAGAUGUCAAAGAAAAGAUCUCACUCUCCUUCCUCCAGUGACUCCGAGUCUAGUUCUUCUAGCAGUUCUUCCUCAUCAUCAAGUGACAGUUGUCAAAGAAGUAAACGGAGCAGAGAUAGAAGUCGUAGCAAACAUGACAGAGCAACUUCCAGCACGAGCCGAAAAUAUGAUUUUGAACAUUGCCAUAAACUAAAGGACAACCCAAACCAGAAGAGUAGAAAGAGAGAUGACAGUAGCAGUUCAUCAUCUUCAUCUGAUUCUGAUGACCAGAAGAGAAAGAAGAGGAAAGAACAAAAGAAAAUUAAGAAGGAAAAGAAAAGGCUGAAGAAGAAAAAGAAAAAAGAAUUAAAGAAAGAAAAGAAAAAGUUGAAGAAAGCUGCCAAAAAAGCUAAGAAGUUAGCUAAAAAGAAUGAAGUGAAGGUAGCUGUGCCGGCUGUGGCCAUUCCUACAAUCUCUGCCCCACCAUUGGGCCCUGCACCUGGACCCCCAAUUCCAGAAUUGUCCGACCGAGCAAUGGCUAUGAAGCCUAUGACCAAAGAAGAAUGGGACAAGCGACAGCAAGUCAUCCGGAAGGUGUAUGAUGAAGAGACUGGAAGACAUAGAUUGAUAAAAGGUGAGGGUGAAGUACUUGAAGAAAUUGUAACUAGAGAUCGUCACCGAGAAAUCAAUAGAAAAGCAACAAAGGGAGAUGGGGCUUACUUUUUAGCCCAUCUCAAUUCGAAGAUCUCAAGGUAAUUAAUUGUUAUUUAGAUGUGCAGAACAGAAAGUUAAAAAUUUCUGAGAUGCAGGUAGAUAUUUUGUGGGUGAAUAAAGUUCAUUCACUGUCAAAAUUAAUUUGUUUUAUACAUACAUUAUACAGUUAAAAUAAAAAAAAAAUUAUAACAGUAUUUACAGAUUAAAACAAGCAAUGCAGUCUAGCUCCACAUGCAGUGCUGAAUCUUACACUUGAGCCUGUUUGAUAAUCAUUAUCAUACAAUGGUUGAUUAUGAAAACAAAAGUAAUUGAACCUGUAAUAAGGAUUUAAUUGUAAUAUUGAAAGGCCUACGUAGAAGUGAAAGACAACUGAGUCAUAACUUUAAA